AUGCUCCGCCGCGCCACUCCUUUCCGCGCCUCUAGAAACGCGCGUUUCGCCGUUAGGCACAAAUCCAGCGGCGGAAGAAGGCCGAAGAAGAAAACGUACCACAGAGUGGCGGAACUAGACAGAGUGAUGGAACUGCGGAAGAAGCCAUCGAUGAUUCUCCACCUCACCUCCCUCAUCCAAUCCCAGCCUCACCACUCUCCCCUCUUCCUCCGGGACCUCGAGAAGAACGUUGGCUUCGUUCGCAAAUGGGCCUUCAUGGGCCUCAUCGACAAAUACCCUUCCGUAUUUCGCGUCGCCGGGACGCCCCCUUCCGUCUCCCUCACAGCCCGGGCCCACAAGCUGGCCCAGGAAGAAGCCCACGCUCGAGCCUCCAUGGAACCCCUCUUGGUUACCAACCUGCGGAAGCUUCUCAUGCUCUGCGUCGAUUGCCGGUUGCCGCUCCAAACGUUGGACCUUGUUGGGCCUCAGUUGGGCCUUCCCUCCGAUUUUAAGGAAUGUUUGGUUCCGAAGUACCCGCAGUUCUUCGCGGUUAGGUGCUUCCGUGGAAGGGAUUGUCUUUUGUUGGAGGAUUGGGAUUCCACCUUGGCUGUCACUGCAAGAGAGGCUAGGUUGGCACAGGAAGGAGUUGUGGACCUGAAGGCAAACGGGGAUAGGAGGAAGGUGAAGAUUUCAAGAGAUGGGAACUAUCUUGGUCCCUUUGCUUUCAAAAUGAAUUUUCCUGCUGGUUUUAGGCCAAAUGUUGGUUAUCUUGAGCAUCUUGAGAGGUGGCAGAAGUUGGAGUUUCCUUCUCCUUAUUUGAAUGCAAGGAGGUUCAAUGCUGCUGAUCCGAAGGCCCGAAAACGAUCUGUGGCAGUGAUUCAUGAGAUCCUCAGCUUGACCAUGGAGAAGAGGAUGACAUCUGCACAGCUGGAGGCAUUUCAUGCAGAGUGUCUUUUGCCAUCUCAAUUGCUGCUUUGCUUGAUAAAGCAUCAAGGGAUAUUUUACCUCACUAAUAAAGGUGAACGGAGUACUGUGUUCCUCAAAGAUGCAUACCUGGGUUCCAACUUGAUAGAUAAGUGUCCUCUGUUGCAAUUUAAUGAUAAAUUUAUGGCACUCUGUGGUAGAGGAAAUACUGAUCUGUGUGACUGCAAGAAUUCUUUACCAACCGUAAUUUAG